GUUGCAGAAAUGGCAAAUACCUUCACAUCAAUUCUCAAGUCUAUAAAUUGGGUUGUGACUACUGUUUCCUGUUGGUGGAAUCAGCACAAAAUGAAGACCAUGAAGUAAUGGUAUGCCAUAGCUUAUGUCUGCCUUAUUGAUGAAGUGAGUGCUUCGACACUGUCCUGUCCAUUGCUGUGCCUCAAGGGAUACUUAUUCACCAUUUUUCAACAGAAGAGAGGUGCAUACGAGCAGUAAAAGAGAUGGCUUGCAUCUUGAGAGUAGGAGGCCAGAUAAUGAUAUAUGUGUGGGCAAUGGAGCAAAAACGGAGACGACUUGAAAAGCAAGAAGUCUUUGUUCCUUGGAAUCCUUCACCUCCUUCCUGCUCCUCGGAUGCUCUUCACGACAGCAGCGAAGUGUGUUUACCUGACCUGAUUUCACAUCAGAAAGAAUUAGCUGGCAGACAACAACUUAAAAUAGACCACCAACCACAACAAGGAGCUUUCAGCCAACCUCAGAACAAAAGGAGAACGGGCUCUUCCCUGCAGAAAGCAGUCGAUGAGCGCGCCCUGACUGCGCAGAGCCCGCAGCAGACAGGUCCUCGUGGGGCAUGGAUGAGGUACUACCACAUUUUUAAAGAAGGGGAAUUGGCUGAGCUGAUAAAGUGUCUUAUUCCUGAGCUACAUGUUAUUCAUUCAUACUUUGACCAUGCCAAUUGGUGCAUGAUUGCAGAAAAGACUAAAGUGUGGAAGAUCUAG